AUGAAGAAGCAUAAGAUCACAGCCUUUAUUAAAGCACUGAACGUACGCAUGAAGAAAGAACCGAUCACUCUCCGAUACAUUCACAUCCUCGGCACCGUUGUCUUCUUUACCUCCAUCUCAUCUCUUGUCAUCCUCCUCGCUCUUUACCUCAAUCAACGACUCCAAACUUCACUCUUCCUCCAAGACGAUCAUCUCACCUCCAGUCCUCUCACUUCUCCUUCUCUUUCUCCUCAUAGCCGUGGUAGUAACAUGGCGGACAAAGAGCUCAUGCAGCGAGCAGCAAUGACACCAAGUGGCACAGUGAUGAAUGAGACUCAUAGUCAUCCAAAGGUUGCCUUCAUGUUUCUGACAAGAUGGAACUUGCCUUUGUCCCCUCUUUGGGAAAUAUUCUUCAAAGGCCAUGAAGAUUUUUAUUCCAUUUAUGUCCAUACAUCACCAGAGUUCACAGAGGAGCCACAAGAAUCUUCAGCCGUUGAAUGGGGUAAAUCGUCAAUGAUGGACGCAGAGAGGCGUCUGUUAUCACACGCGCUUCUAAAACCUUCAAACGCACGCUUCGUCCUUCUCUCCGAGACUUGUAUCCCUCUCUUUAACUUCACCACAGUCUACACUUACCUCAUGGGCUCCACUCGCUCUUUCCUCGGCUCAUUCGACGACCCAAGGCCCAUGGGCCGAGGCCGUUACAACCCCAAAAUGCUACCACACGUGUCUCUCUCGGACUGGAGGAAAGGAAACCAGUGGUUCGAGCUCUCACAAAGAGUCGCCGCCGAGAUCAUCUCCGAUCACCGGUAUUACAACGUCUUCAAGGAUCACUGCCGGCCGCCGUGUUACAUCGACGAGCAUUAUAUUCCGACAUUGGUUAAUAAAAUAUGUCCGGAAAUGAAUUCGAACCGGACAGUGACGUGGGUGGAUUGGUCAAAGGGUGGGUCCCAUCCAGCGACGUUUGUGAGGAAGGAUAUCCGGGUCGGGUUUUUGGAUAAGAUCCGGUUUGGGUCGAAUUGUAGCUACGAAGGUGAGGUGACGAACGUUACAGAAAUUGGUAGAAAGAAAAGCAACCAAAGUGUUCGACAUCAACAGCAGCCUGGUGAACUCAGAAAGUACCAACACCGAGACGCGAGGCUAAUAGAAGAGAGUGAAAAAAUAGUAGAAGAGCUACGACAACAAAUGUCUUACACUCGACGAAAGCUUCUUGAGAAACAGUCGAAGGUAAGCUACUACAGAUUGGACUAUGGAUGGAGUUACGGAGAAAAAAUGAUGUAUAGCAAUUCCGAGUUGGAUCGAAAAAAGAUGGAGCUUGAAAAGCUAACUUUCACUCAUGGUGCAUAUCGUGACAAGAAGGCUGUUCUAUAUUUCUCUUCCGGAAGAGAACCAGAAGUUAACAUUCAUAACCUAAAUUAUCGGAUGUUGCAUGAGGCACGUAGCAUGGGUGGGGAAAGACGUCUUCUCAAAAUGGCUAAUCCUAAUAAGCUUAGUAACUCAGCUGGUUCUUCUUUCGAAGAACUUCAUCAACAAAUUCGGUCAGCCUAUGAUGCUAUGAAAUGGCGACUUAAUAGCACAAGCGAACGAGAUAAAGCAAGAAAAAAACUAAUGAAACUUGAAGUGGAAAAAGAGCAAUUAUUUUGUGACACUCCAGUUAAAGGUUCCUUAUGGAAUUCAAUGCCGUCUACAACAAAUUUACGGAAACAGAUUCAGGCUCUGGAGUCAAGCAAAGAGGAAUAUAUAAAAGUUAUGACAGCGAGAAGAAAUGUGAAAAACCCGUACAAAGGAGAAUUAUGGAAGGCAGAGAAUGAGUUUAAGUCUUUGAGAGAAACUAUGAAGAAUAUUCGCCAGGAAAAGCAGAAAGCUUUGCAAACUCUUUCGCACCUUAAGGAGUCGUCUUAA